GCCUUAAAUUAAUUAACGCGCCUUGUACAGAAAGAGAGAGAAACAGAGGAGAAAUUGUUGUCGAAGAGGAUUCGGGGAGAGUCCGAGGAAACCUCCUUCUCCUUACCUACCAAAGGAGGAGAACGGGCACUUACGGAAAAAUAUCACAUCACAUCACAUGUUUGCUAAAACACAAACUGAGGUGCCUGUUCUUCUCUCCUUUACUCUGACCCAAUCCAUUUAAUUCCUGGUAGGUUUCCAAUAACGUCUUCGCUUCCUCUUUCUCCAUUUUCCAUUUCAAAGCCGCCCAUAAAUUUGAUUGCUUUCAUAACGAAGGCUGUGGCCAACUGGGCAUCGAUUGAAGAUUUGAUUUACUGGGUUUGUUUUGGUUUAAGGGGUUUCGAUUGUUUGGACUCUGGGGUUGAUUUUCUUUGUCGAUAUAUAGGACAUCGAGAAACCUUUGAUGGGUAUAUAUGAUUUAUGAUAUUCUUUGAUAAUAUCGGUUCAGUUUUUGGAUUCGUGGGUGUUGAUGGGUUUGUGAUUGAUCCUUGGAAGCAUUGACUGUUAUAAUUGAAGGGUUUUUUUGAGCAUUUGGUGGUGGGUUUGCUCAGUCGGCUGUAUAUCUUUGAAUGUAUCAUAUUAUUACUGAAGAGGAGGAUCGGCUUGUGAGCGUACCCGACUCUUUUCUGGGUGUUCUCAGGCCAAUUUACCUGCCAAUUGAGCAAAAGGCCUUUUCUUUUUGUUUUCCAAGAGAUAGAUGGGAUAAGGAGUUCUUCAAGCUGCAGGGAGGAUAAUAAAUAAAUAAAUAAAUUUGUCGAAAUUACAAAGUUUUGGGCUUUGGUAGUGCUUUUGUUUGGAGAAAUUUGAGAUGGGUUCUACACAAAGGUCUACUUUGUCAACAAAUGUGGCAGACUUGGUUGAUGCUUCACAAUCGACCCGCCAAGAGGUCUCAUACAUUGAUAGUAUGCCUGUUUAUGUUAGGGAGUUGAUUGCCGGAGGCGCUGCUGGAGGAUUUGCUAAGAGUUCUGUUGCACCACUGGAACGGACCAAAAUACUCUUGCAGACAAGAACAGAGUUCCGUUCUCUCGGAGUGUGUCAAUCUUUGAAGAAGUUGUUUAAGCAUGAAGGUGUUCGAGGAUUCUACAAAGGAAAUGGAGCUAGUGUUGUUCGAAUUGUUCCUUAUGCAGCUUUGCAUUACAUGACGUAUGAGCAGUACAGGUGUUGGAUCUUGAAUAAUUAUUCUGCUUUAGGAUCGGGGCCUCAUAUUGAUCUUUUAGCUGGUGCAGCAGCUGGAGGGACAGCAGUUUUAUGCACUUACCCCUUGGACCUAGCUCGCACCAAACUUGCUUAUCAGGUUGUUAAUACCAGAGGAAACUUCAAGUAUGGCAUGAAAGGUGCCCAGUCUCAAAUUGUUUAUAAGGGCAUAAGGGAUGUGCUUUCAAGUGUUUACAGGGAGGGGGGCUUUCGUGGGCUUUAUCGAGGUGUAGGCCCAACACUCGCUGGAAUCCUCCCUUAUGCUGGUUUAAAGUUUUACAUAUAUGAGAAACUUAAAACGCAUGUUCCUGAAGAAUAUGAAAAGUCCAUUGUGACACGCCUUUCCUGUGGAGCUUUGGCCGGGUUAUUUGGGCAAACUCUCACAUACCCCUUGGAUGUUGUUAGGAGGCAAAUGCAGGUUGAGAAUCUGCAGCCUUCAGGUCAAGGUGGUGUUAGGUACAAGAACACAUUGGUGGGUCUUACAUAUAUUGUUCGUAAUCAAGGAUGGAAAAAGUUGUUUUCGGGCCUAAGUGUUAACUAUAUCAAGAUCGUUCCCUCUGUGGCAAUCGGUUUCACUGCAUACGACACGAUGAAGGCUUGGCUCCACAUUCCGCCCCAUCAGAAGUCCAGUCAAUGACUGCCCUCCAUAAUCAGAGAUUCAGAUUGUGUAAACAUACGAACUCCCAUCGAAGCGAUAGCAUCUGAUGCUAAUAAAAAUAUUGUCUCUCUCUCAAUUACAAUUUACAAGAAAUUUAUGCGUACGCUACUCCCUUUAACAAUGAUGUAUUUCUUGUGCAAAUGGUCCCUUGACAAUCAAUUAUUCAAACUAUAAUGAAUUCUGGAAA